CUCAACGACCAACAGCGGUCGUGUUGCAAGAGCAAGGACAAUCAGCCAUUGAACAUUAGUUAAGAGCAGCAGUGAAUUUUGUAGACACCAAUCUGAUUUACCAAGUUGAAGUUAGCGCUGUAUCUUUCGACAAGUGGUUGACACACGCGCAGCAGAGCGUUUUGACAACUCGGCUUUGUUUUGUUUUCCCUUUCCCCCCCCCUAUUUGCUCUUCCCAGUCGUAACAUCUUUAGAGGACAAAAGUCAUUGACAGUGUCAGGUAUAGAAUAUAAAGCGCCCUGAUCUAUCCAAGUCGUGCGAUGUCAAUCAUUGCCCCAAUGGACUAUUCUUAGUGUAUCAAGAGAUCGUAAAGUAGCCCGAAGUAGGAAAGAUCUAUGAGCGAUAGUACAGACAAGCAGAGCAAAAUCAAAUGGAUAUCAAUAACAGCAUAUAUCAACAAUUAUCGCUCAGAAAAAGUGGCAAGAAUCCUCCCACAGGUGGUCGUAAUCACUCCAAAUCCGCAUCAAGCAUUAUAUCAUCAAGACACACGUAUAUUCGGAUCAACCGUUGACCCCACACCUUUGUGGUAUCAACCGAUGCAACUUGGCCCUAAAGCCCCCCGUUAAUCCUCCAUUGUCGUCAAUCUCAACCGGGUAAAAUGACGUACAUCAUCAAACCACAUUACAUCACUGUGCAAAUGCAGCAAUCGCACUCUUCAUCGCCACAGUCACAGCCGAAGCACGGUUUUUGGACGGAUUUGAUGGGUUUCUUAAUGGAGGAUCCGGAGCUGGAGGACGGAAGGAUGAAGUUCACCGGAGAUGAGAUGGAAGAGGCGCCCAUUUUGACUGAUUGUUUUUACCGUGGAUGGGCGAUGCAGGUUUUUAUUAGGGGACAGAAGAGAAGGCUUGAGGUUUUCAAGAAUUAGUAAAGAAUGCGACAAUGAGCAGUUCAGGGCAACCCUAAUAGUAG